AUAAAUAAAAAGUUAAAUAAUAUAGAAGUUAAGAAUAGAGUGCAAGUUCCAGAUUUUGAAAUAAAACCAGAUUCUGAAGCAAGACUAGAUCCAUUACUAGUUUCAACUUCAAUACAAAAUACACCAUUAUCUGAAAACCUGACUCCUAUAGGCAAUCUAAUUUCAUUUGAUGAAAAUAUACUAACAUACUACCCAAAUAUGUCAAAUAUACCAGUAGUUGAUUUUCUAAUAGAUGAUAUUCCAGAUAUAAAAGCUGAAUCAAAAUUAAAAGAUAAUAAAUCUAAUAAUCCAGAAUCUCAAGUUUAUCAUUUUCUAGAUUUGGAUAUAGAAUAUACAAAAGAUAUAUUUAAAGUAGAUAGAGCUAAAUAUGCUUUCUCAACCUGGUUUGCAGAAAUAAAAUCUAAAAAUUACAAAGCUAGAAUGACUGAAGAGCGAGCCCAAGAAAUUUUAAAUGUGAUCGAAAAUAGCGAGUUCUUAAUAAGAGUAAAAUUUAUUCAAAAUGAUUCUAUAUAUGGAGAUGAAUCUCAAACAAAGAUCACUUUUAAAAUUAUUGAUAAAUAUAAGUCUAUUCAUGAAUCAAAAAAAGCAAGUAAAAAAUACGUUAGAGAUGGUCCAAAUGUUAUACUUACAAAGAAAACAAAACCAGAAUUUUGGGUAGAAAUAGAUGAAAAAUUUCUGGUUAGAGAAGUCAGUAAGCAAUCUGAAGUAGAAAGACUUGAUAGCAAUACAGUAGUCUAUAGAUUAUAUCGAAUCUGA